AAAACACUUUUUUAAUUUCCUUCUUUGUGCAUCCAUGGCGGAUCGUUCCCUGUUAUUCACAGGAUUCCUCGUACUUCUCACGGCGGGAGCUUCUUCAGGUGCUCUAAUCUCCUCGAGAGCGUCUCCCGGACGAGCUAUUUCGGAUUUGAAGGAUUCGAUUGUGAGGGCGCUGGGGUUCCAGGCAGAGGACGUGGAGGUCUCGGGGUUCCAGGCCCGUGACGCGCAGGUGGGGCAUUCGCUGGCGUACGAAUUCGAGAUCGAGAUCGAUAAGAAGGUUAUUCCGAUCAAGUUGUUGGAGGACGUGAGCCGAUGGGAGGCUGCGGAUUUUCCGACAUUUGGAGAGGACGCAGAGAAUGAAGGAGAUGGAACAGAGUUGGUGAACAUCGAGAGGUGGUCGAAUUCUAGGGCUCCGCCGACCUUGCCGCCGUUUCAGCUCGCCGGCCCUUUGGAGCUGUGGAUUCAAGACGCCGAUAGCCUGAGAAUUGCAUUGCCGCACGAGGUCGAAGCCGGAACGUUGAGGAAAGUGAUUUUAACAGACGAUGUCGCCGUCACCGUGAAGGGCGCGCGGUCUGUAAGCCUCCGGCUGCCGCUGCAACUCCCCCUCCCUCUCAACCGCACCCAUCCCGACAGCCGCCGGCCCGCGUCGGGGCUGCUUGCCAUCGCCGAGGCCGCACGUCAGUCCGCCCGUUCAUCAGGCGAACCCCUCCUCUCCCUCCGCGUCGUCGGUCCGACAUCCCUCACAUCCUCUCCAUCGGCGUCACCCCACGACAAGCUCAAGCUCAAGCGGCUCGCCCCGGGGCUCGUCGAGCUCUCCUCGCGCUCCCUCCCGUCGACCGCCGGAGCGCAAAACCCGACUCUUUGGCCACUGAUAUCGCUGAACGGAUCCAAUUCCAACAUCCAAGGAUUCGAGGAGCUGUUGGCGUCGUUGCUCGGGCGGAAGGGCGAGGAAGAAGGAUCGUUCACGCUGCUGAAAGCAGAUGUAGCAGCGAGAAGCUACAUGAAGAUUGGAUUCAAAGUAGAGAAGCAGAUUGCGGAAGGGGAGGUGGACUGGUCCAGUUAUCCGGAAUGGAGGACGAGGCCGGAGAAAUCCACGGCUCACUUCGAGGUUCUUUCUCGGAUAGAGGAGAAUGGAAAGGUCAUCCCUGAGAGGAUCACGGAAGUAAAUCCUGCUGAAAUACUCGACAGCGUAGCGCAGAGUGAGCUAACUGGAAACUUUUCCAUGUCUCGAGCUUCAAUUGUUCAUCCUCCUCAAAGUUUCUUCACAUUGUAAUCUUGUCGUCUUCUUCUUCUUCUAUUCUUCUUCUUCCGUUCUAUAUACUUCAAAAAGAGAAGCCAUCGACCUCGUGCUGCCGAAGUUGGAAGCAUUGGCUCGGCAAUAAAUUGAUUGGAAUUUUCUUUCUUCUGUUUAUGUUCAAAGAUAACAAGCUAUAGCUAUAUCUUGAUUAGUUCCUAUGAUUCGUUAAGCAAUGCUGGAUGAAACAUUGUAGUCUGUUUCACUUGAACCUGCAGUGAAAGAGUAGAUAGAUUUAUCUUCUAA